UGAGCGGACAGCUAAUGGAUGUUAGCUACUGCAGGUGUUCAAGUAAUGAAGACAAAAUGGGAACAUACUGAGGGACGGACAGGCUUUAUUCCUCUACAAGAAUCAAAUCAAGGCUGAAGAUGGUCUGAUGGACCGCCGCUUCUUCCUGACUUUAAUCUUCUGUUCAGUCUCAUGGGUUUUCUUCUGGGAAUUGCGCUGGAAGAAGAGCAAGGAAAGUCAGAUUGAGGAAUGGCUACAGGGCCAUAGCCUCUCCAGUUACAAACAUUUAUUUGAAGAUGUACAGUCGCUGGAAGAGCUGAGUCUGAGCGUAUUAACUCGUUUGGAGGAGGUAGUUAAGGAACAGAGGCACUGGAGGGAUAUCACCGAAGCUCACGUCCGUCUGCUCAGAGACUUUGCCUUUCAGGAGUGGCUGUGCUCCCAGAGCCUCGAGCACUACUACCACACUCUGAAGGCCCUGGGAUGCAGGAAUCUGGAUGACCUAGCGCAGUUCGACAGCCAGCUUCAGCUCUCUCUGGCAGCCUGGGGUUAUUACUACGAGGACUACAUCAAGCUCUCAACAGGUGUAAAGGUCCUCCAAGCAUCCAGGGCCAGCAGAGACCAGGACUACGAGAUCCAGCUGGUGCACAGCCUUGCUGACAGGCGCCUCAAUGAAAAGUGGUCCAUUGCUGGAGCGCUGAUAUUCGGCUGUACGGUUGCACUGUGCUUUCUGAUAAGGGACCUCAUGUUUUACGUGAUUGGUGGAAUAACUGUUUCCAUCAUCGCAUUCGUCUUUACCAUCAAGUUCCUAUGUGAGCUUGCAGCACGAGUGGUCAGUUUCCUUCAGAAUGAGGACCCUGGACGUAGAGGCGACCGUAGCAUUUAUGACUAUGUACGAGGGAACUACCUGGACCCACGCUCCUGCAAAGUCUCCUGGGACUGGAAGGAGCCGCAGGAAGUGGGCCAGACCAUGAGCUUUCGCGUGCAGCUCUUCUAUAAGAAUGGCCAGCCUUUUCCAGCCCACAGGCCCGUGGGUUUAAAGGUGAACAUUACACAUAUUGAGCUGGCUCUAGACAUUCCUGUCACCCAGGAAGUGCUGCAGGAGCCCGAGUCCAACGUAGUAAAAGUGACCUUCACUGUGCGCAAGGCUGGCCGCUACGAGGUGGCUGUCAAACUGGGAGGCCUUAAUGUGGCUUACAGCCCCUAUUAUAAGAUAUUUCAACCAGGGACGGUGGUGCCUUCCAAAACAAAGAUUGCGUACCACUUUUCCACUCUGGUGCUAACCUACGGUCAACAACACACUCUGCAGAUUGAGCCUCGGGAUGAGUACGGCAACCCUACCAGUAACUCUGUCUCACUUGUGGAUGAAGUCAACUACAGUGUGCAUAUUAACCCACUGGGAACAGUGGAGGAGGACAGUUCUGAAGAUUACUACAGUAUAACUGUGUCAUGUAAUAAGCCUCAGUGUCAGGUUCUUCUGAAGCUCACUCUAAAGAAGAAGGGCUGCUUCAGGGCUCGCAUUACGUACAGGGAGCAGCCACUCAGCAAUGGAGAGUUUGAUAUCAUUGUGCUAAGUGAGACUGAGAAGAGCUGUGUGGAGAAGAACGUCUCCACCCCAGGCAUUAGUAUCUAUUUUGAGGCCUACCUCUAUAGCACAGGCAACUACUGCACCUCCACUUGGCAUCUCCCAGCAUCCUCUCUGCUGUCUCCACCUCGACGGCCCUCCAUGGGCGAUGAUGAGGAAGAGCACGACUCUCCAGUAGAGGGCCAACCGGAGAAGGUCAAGAAGCCAAAAAAGGUCUACUGCUAUAUAUCACCAAAGCAACUCUCUGUGAAGGAAUUUUACCUAAAGAUUAUUCCAUGGCGCCUUUUCACUUUCCGGGUGUGUCCAGGAACGAAGUUCACAUACCAUGGCCCUGACCCAGUCCAUAAGUACCUGACACUGGUGGUGGAUGAUGGGAUCCAGCCUCCGGUAGAACUGAGCUGCAAGGACAGGAACAUAAUGGCAGCCACAUUUAUUCGCUUCCUGCACAAGAACAUUGGAGGCUCAGAGACAUUUCAGGACAAGGUGAGCUUCUUCCAGCGAGAGCUCAGACACAUUCAUUCCAAAAAGCCUAGAACCAAGACCUGCCUGAAAAUCAGCCGACACACCAUGCUUGACUCAUCUCUUAAGGCUACCAGGAACUUCUCUGUGUCAGACUGGAGUAAGCACUUUGAGGUGGUGUUCCAGGAUGAAGAAGCUCUGGAUUGGGGCGGGCCAAGGCGUGAGUGGUUUGAACUUGUCUGUAAGGCUUUGUUUGACACCAAUAACCAGCUGUUCACACGAUUCAGCGACAACAACCAGGGCCUGGUCCACCCAAACGCAGAGCGGCCUGUUCACCUGAGACUGAAGAUGUACGAGUUCGCGGGACGUGUGGUGGGGAAGUGCCUGUAUGAAUCAGCUUUAGGAGGAGCCAACAAGCAGUUGGUGCGAGCCAGGUUCACUCGCUCAUUCCUCGCCCAGAUCAUCGGCCUGCGCAUGAACUACAAGUACUUUGAAACGGACGAUCCGGAGUUCUACAAAACAAAGGUCUGCUUCGUCUUAAAUAAUGACGUAAGCGAAAUGGACCUUGUGUUUGCUGAGGAGAAGUACAGCAAGUCCGGACAACUGGAAAAGGUGGUGGAGCUGAUAUCUGGUGGAGCUCAGAUUGCUGUGACUAAUGAAAAUAAGAUGCAUUACCUGAAUCUACUGGCUCAGUAUAGACUAGCCAGUCAGGUGAGGGAAGAAGUGGAGCACUUCCUCAAAGGACUGAAUGAACUUGUUCCUGAGAACCUUUUGGCCAUAUUUGAUGAGAAUGAGUUGGAGUUGCUGAUGUGUGGAACUGGAGAUAUCAAUGUGCAGGAUUUCAAAGCCCAUGCUGUUAUUGUUGGAGGCUCAUGGCAUUUCAGAGAAAAGGUGAUGAAGUGGUUCUGGGCUGUGGUAUCCUCCUUCACUCAGGAAGAGCUUGCACGUCUCCUCCAAUUCACAACCGGCUCCUCUCAGCUUCCCCCCGGUGGUUUCAACACACUCUGCCCUUCCUUUCAGAUUAUAGCAGCGCCCACACACAGCACGCUGCCAACCGCACACACCUGCUUUAACCAGCUGUGCCUCCCAACCUACGACUCCUACGAGGAGCUGCACAAACUGCUGAAGCUGGCCAUCAGUGAGGGCAGCGAGGGCUUUGGUAUGCUCUGACCACACGCUGCUCCUGCCUUCCCGACUUACCUGUACAGUUUUUUCUCUAUACACCUUAAACAAGUGAGCUACUGUACAUGAGCCAAUGCACUUUUUGCCUCCAAUGACAGACCUCUGCACUGAUGCCCACAUGGAUGUCCAGAUUUUUCUCACCACCAGGACAUCAUGAACCUGAGUUGCCUCUGGCUUAUUACACUGGAUGCUGAAGCUAUGGGCAUUUUUUCCUAAGCAAAUAGAAGCUCGCUUAGGUUUUAUUCUAUGUACAACAUUUAUGUUUUGCUUUUUUGUUUGCCCAGCCAUUAAAAUAUAGUAUGUCAUGCUAAAAUCACAUAUGGCAUUAACAAAUCUGUGAACAUUUAAAUAGAGUGUAGCAGCCUUUAAGAUGUGUGCUUUAACACACUUACUGCACUUUGGCCUUAACUGAUCAGGGAAGGUUGUAUGUAUAUAUUGCUGUUUGUUGUGUGUAUAUAUAGAAGCUGUAAAUGUCAUUUUGAAUUGUAUAUCUACAUCACUGUGGUACUUACCCUCUAUUAGCAGCCAGCCUUGUGGAAGCUUCUUGUCUAUUUUCAUUAUUCUAUUUCUCACCCUUAAAAAGUGAUCCUUUA